GAGAACUCCCAGACGCGGGUCUGGGGGGUGGGUGCAGCGGGGCCGCACACAUCUCGGUGCCUUUGGACCCCGCAGCGGCUCCAGCGGCGGGACACGCAGCUGGGGCCAUCGGCCCCUGGGAACGGAUAGUCCCAGACCAGUGGGCACAGAGAGUAAGAGGCCUGUGUUGGUGUCUGGAAGCUGGAAAGAGACCAGGGGAGACCGACUCUGUGUGUCAGCAAACAGGGCUCUGCAGAGACAGAGAAAGGAGCGCUCGCUGGCUUUGACCUCCCUGGUAUCUGAGCAUAGGGAGCGCACAACUCCUUCAAGAUGCCGACGUCAAAGAAGCACAGGAGAAAACGCUCCGAAGUUCUCAAGGAACCUUCAGAGAAGGUCAGAGGACAGCUGGCUGAGGCUGAGCUUCGGAAGCUGAAGCAGCAAUUCAGGAAGAUGGUGGAAAGCCGCAAGUCCUUCAACUUCUGCUCCCAGCAGAAGAUCUCGAACCAGCACAAGGAAAUCAAGACCCUGCAGAGGGAGCAGGAGGAGAUCACUCUGCUUCUGGGUCUCAUCAAGUCCUCGAAGAACUUGGAACUGAAUGAGAGAAACUACACGGAGCUGUGUUUCCUGCUGCAGACCAAGGAGGACUACGAGGCCCUGAUUAAAUCACAGAAGGUGCUGUUGGCAGAUCUGGAUGAGAAGAUUGCUCAGAUGGAAAAAAAAAUUAUAAACCAAAAACAGAUCUUCGCCAAGAUACAGAAAGCCAAUGACCCCCGGAAACUGCAAAAACAGAUCCACAUUUUGGAAACCCGUUUGAAUCUCGUCACCGUGCACUUUGACAAGAUGCUGACCACCAAUGCUAAGCUCCGGAAGGAGAUCGAGGACCUGCGGUAUGAGAAGGUUGCGUAUGACAAUGUGUAUCAGCAGCUGCUGCGGCGCUUAUCGAUGCAGAAGAAAACCAUGAAUGUGGCCAUCGAGCAGUCUGCCCAGGCCUAUGAGCAGAGGCUGGAAGCCAUGGCUCGAAUGGCCGCCAUGAAGGACCGCCAGCAGAAGGACAUUUCUCAGUACAACCUGGAGAUCCGAGAGCUGGAGCGUGUCUAUGCCCACGAGACCAAGCUCAAGUCCUUCUUGCUCAUCAAGCUGAAUGAUCGUCUGGAGUUCGAGGAGCAGAGCAAAAAGGAAGAAGCCCUCAAGGCAAAGAAGUACAAGAGGAAGAACAAGGGUGAGAGUUUUGAGAGCUACGAGGUGGCGCACCUGCGGCUGCUGAAGCUGACAGAGAACGGGGACCUGAAUGAGCUCAUCGAGGGAUUUCUGGCCAAGGAGGAGAAGAACUUUGCUCGGUUCAUGUACGUCACGGAGCUCAACAAUGACAUGGAGACGAUGCACAAGAAGACCCAGAGAAUCCAGAAUGAGAUCAUCCUCUUGCAAUCCCAGCAGAAAUCAUCCCAUGAUGACAACUGCUCUGUCCUGAGACAGAUGGAGGAGAAACUGAAGAAGACCACGGAGGAGGCAGACAUGUAUGAGAACAGCUACAAGGAAAUCAGCAAGACCUUGGAGCAUCUCAAGAACUCAGUGGAGAGUCUGUUUAAAAAGAUAAAUUGUGAUGCCACCAAGAUCCUGGGGCACUUAGGGGAGACAGGGAAAAUCAAUGACACCAACCUUCCACAGUACUUUGCCAUCAUUGAGGAGAAGACCAAUGACCUCCUGCUGCUGGAGUCCUACAAACGGAUCCUGGAUAUGGAAGGGGCAGAGACCGAGAUGCCACCGCCCUUCAUCAACCCUUUCUGGGGCGGCUCUUCCCUCCUCAAGCCUACAGAACCCAUCAAAGUCAUCCCCCCGGUGCUUGGGGCUGACCCCUUCAGCGACAGGUUGGAUGAAGUGGACCAGCCCCUGGACCACAGCAGCCUUCGGCAGCUCGUGCUCAGCAACUACACUGCGCAAGAGUUUCGAAACAGGGACUUACACUGAGACAGCAUCCUGGAAAGGGGGGAUGAUCUGAGGCCCAAGAAGUUAUGGUCUGAGGUGGAGGGGGCUACAUUUGUACCAGAGAGAAUAAAUGUUUUGUUCUUUAACCUCAGUGUCUCCCCACACUCAUUACUAAGAGACUAGAUUAGGGUCCUGGGAGCCACUGUGGGACACGGAGGCACGGGGACACAGGAGGCAAGAGUUAUAUGAGGUCACCACGGCUCCCGAGCGCCCCCUGAGAUGGCGCUCCUUUAUCUGAAAUUAGAAAUUAGCUUCUUACAGUUAACAGAUGAGUUUUUGCUAAAUUAGCCGUAUUCUUAGCAUGAACGUGAGGCCUCUUCCUCUUAAUUUAUCUUGGGGCCUGGGUGAGCACAUCUAUGGGAGAAACAUUCCGAUGUAAUGUUUCCUAAAGGAAAGGAUGUCAUGAGAGCUAGGCUCUACCGAUGCUUGAACUCUCUGCGAGAAAGGGCCGUGGUCCUCUAGUUACCAUUCCAAUAAAUUGUGGCCCUUGACAGAAGUAUUCCUAAGUGGCUGUGAAGGUCUGUUUCCAAUAAAGAGUCACUAGGAUUCAAUAAUAAUGACAGCAGGGACAUCACUCGCUCAUACCCUGCCUUCAUGGGAACUAGCAAAGGACCUUCCUCACUCAAGGCACGUCAGUCAGAGAAACACCACGAACACACACACAACCUCCUGUUUAUUUGAACACAGCUUCUGGGUGGAUUUCCAUCUGUAGGACGUGUGGCUACGUGGCAUCUUGCAACCACUGGGGCUGCAAAGACGAUGGAGGUGGAUGAUGAAGCAGCCACACAGCUAACGGGCCAGGAGCAGGGACGGCGGCAUUACUGGGCAAAGUGAGAGGAGGGCAGGGACCACCUCCCC